CUGCUCCUCAGGCACGAGGCCAAAGCAGAGUGAGGUGGCCACAGCAACCAUCACCAGACCCUUCCUCCUGGUGAGCUUGGAGGCCCCGUGUGCUCGGGCUCCACCAGCAGCACUGUUACCACGAGCACCAGGAGGAGGUAGAGGGAGAGGGAAAAGGCGUUCGCCUGGAGCAGGGUCAUUUGCCAUGGAGGAGAAAGUCACAACAGACCUCCCUCUGAGCUACACGACUUCUGGAUAUGAAGAAUCUCAGGCAUUUAAUCAGUCUCAGUGCAUACCAGGAGAUAACAGGUUAUUGAUAAUCUCAGGUGUCUGUAUUGGCAUUUGCAUGUGUGGACUUAUGGGGAAUGUGGUUGUCGUGUGGUUCCUGGGCUUCCACAUGAAGAAGAGCCCUUUCACUGUCUAUGUCCUGAACCUGGCCAUUGCUGACUUUUCUCUGCUCCUACUCCUUGUUGUUAAACUUAUAUUUCACAUGGUUACAACAGUCUAUUGUAUUUUCUCAUUUCAGCAUGGUUUGACUGAUUAUAUCCUGAUGGAUCUGUUUCUGUUUUGGUAUUUUGCCAGCAUGUAUCUCCUGACAGCAAUGAGCAUAGAGAGGUGCCUGUCUGUUUUGUUCCCACUCUGGUACCGGUGCCGCCGCCCAAAGCACUUGUCAGGCAUCAUGUGUGGGGUGCUCUGGGCUCUUGCUGGACUUUUUGUUUCUUUGGUUUUCAUUAGUUGUUAUGUGUCUCUGAGUAUAAACUGUGCACAGCUAUUGCGAAGUAUAAGCAUUGUGAAUUUUCUCAUUUUCUCUUUAUUCCCAUUCCUUUCCAACCUGUCCCUGUUCAUCAAACUCCAGUGUGGCUCACAGAGACAACACCCGGGGAAACUCUAUGUUGCUGUCCUGCUCAGUGUGAUCUUCUUGUUUAUCUUCGGGUUUCCUUUCAGUGUGGUGAUUUUCCUUGAUCCUUUGUAUUCAAACCUGUUUUACCUUCAUAUUUCUUACCUGCUGGCAUCACUGAACAGCAGCAUCAAUCCAGCCAUUUACUUCCUGGUGGGGAGCUGCCGGCAGCGCCGUUUCCAGGGCUCUGCAAAGGUUGCCCUCCGUCGCGUGUUCGAAGUGAAAACGAUGAGUGAGGAAGGGAGCCACAUGCCUGAGGACACUAUGAUGGAGACCACUCUGUAAGGCUUGGAGAUGCAGCACCUUGCAGACAGCCUGGACGAUGGAGGCAUGGGGACAUGUAGCACAGCCCCAGCGCAGCAUGCUCAGCGGGGCUCCGUCACUGUGCAUGGGCUGUAUUCCCCAAUGCAAUGAUCCUCAUUGCCCUGGCCCCAGCAAAUAAACUCUACUCCUUUGGCUCAGCA